GCAGCGGCGGUUGUCAUGUACACAGGCGGACACAAACGUGUAAACAAACCGACGAUCGAUAUUACUUCGGUGCUACGUAUUACUGAGGUGGCUUUCGCGAGUAGCGCUUCUCUGCCAUCAAAUAGUUUACGCAAUCUGCUGCUACUUACUUUUGAGGUAGCUUUAGGCGGGAAUGCGGCCGCGCGUCCUCCGACGCGAAUGAAGUACCUCGCUGAGCGACGGGAGCUCCCGACGUACAAGCUGUGGAACAACGUGGCGUCCUGCAUGGAGAAAUGGUUCGGUGAUAAACGUCUCUGGCUGUUCGGCAACAACCUGCCGCUGCUGCCGAGGAGGUCGCGAGCCAGCAGCCGCGCCAUGGAGCGCUAUGAGAAGCUGGCCAAACUGGGAGAAGGCUCGUACGGGUUGGUGUAUAAAUGUCGAGACCGCGACACCGGCGCCCUCGUCGCCGUCAAGAAGUUUCUUGAGAACGACGACGACCCGCUCAUCCGGAAGAUCGCGCUGCGGGAGAUACGCAUGCUCAAGAACCUGAAGCAUCCGAACCUGGUGAACCUGCUGGAGGUGUUCCGGCGCAAGCGCAAGCUGCACCUCGUGUUCGAGUAUUGCGACCACACCGUGCUGCACGAGCUGGACAAGUAUCCCGCGGGCUGCCCCGAGUUGCUGUCAAAGCAGAUAAUCUGGCAGACACUACAAGGCGUGGCGUACUGCCACCGGCACAACUGCAUCCACCGCGACGUCAAGCCCGAGAACAUCCUGCUGACGGCCGACGGCGUAGUCAAGCUGUGCGACUUCGGCUUCGCGCGGAUGAUCAGUGGCGGCUGCUCCUCCGAGUACUCGGUGCACACCAUGAUCCCCUUCGGCGUGGACGUUCGGAAGAGAGCUAGCCCAGGCCCCGGCGAGAGCUACACAGAUUACGUGGCGACGCGCUGGUACCGCGCGCCCGAACUGCUCGUCGGCGACACCAUGUACGGCCCACCCGUCGACGUCUGGGCCAUCGGUGAGUCGCACCUCGCAGGGUGCGUAUUUGCGGAGCUGGUGUCGGGCGAGGCGCUGUGGCCGGGCAAGAGCGACCUGGACCAGCUGCACCUCAUCCGUUGCACUCUGGGCGACCUGCUGCCGCGGCAUAUGACUAUCUUCUCGCAGAAUACAUUCUUCCAGGGUAUGGCGCUGCCCGAGCCGGCGCAGUUGCAGCCGCUCGAGACCAGGAUCCCGCAGCGCUGCGCCAACAACGACCUGCUCAUGGACUUCUUAAAAAAGUGCCUGGACAAAGACCCGGUGUCGCGGUGGUCGUGCGAGCAGCUGCUGCGGCACGCACUCUUCGAGAACUUCCUGUUCAGCGUGCCGCCGCCCCCGCACCACGACUACGAAAAAGCGCGCCGGGGACAGCAGUCGACAAAGCGGCAAUCGGAAUCCACCACCUCGCAGCAGAACUCGCAGGACACGGCGAGUAUACAAAAAAAGAAAAGCAGCAAGAAGAAAUGAACGUGCCACACCCGCUAUAUUAAACUGGGCUUCCGCUAUGUUUGUGUUGCGAUAUUGCGUCGUCGCCGCUGCUGCCGGCGCUGGCGUGCGGUCGCGCGGCGCCGCGCCACAAGCCGCCCGAACGCGCGCACCUGCCCACCAUCUGACGCCGC